GAUCGCUGAGAACCGACAACGUCGCCUGCGUAAACAAUUGAACUUAGUAUUUUUCUGGUCUUCAGACAGUGAUCGUUAUAGGGAUGGAUAAAGAAAAAUUAAUUAGUUGUGUGUUUAUGCGUGAACCAAUUUGGAACAAAGAAAAUAAAUAUCACCACCACAGUUUCGUUUUAGCAAAACUGUGGAAAGAAGUGGCAGAGGAAUGUGAAACUACAGUGACGAUUGCUAAAGCACGAUGGAAAAAUCUUAGAUUCGGCUUCAAAAAUAGGCUUGCUAGUACAUCAACAAAACAUUCCGGAGAUGGAUUUGAAGAAGAUUAUAAUGAACAAACAAACUGGCAAUAUUUCGAUUCUCUAUUGUUUUUAAAGGAUCAAUGGGAAGCAAAAGAAAGUACGGGAAAUGUUCCUAAACAAGAAGACGAAACCUCAACGUCGUCAUCAGAAGAUCGUGGUGAUGAGGGUGAGGCUCCAAAUAUGGAUGAAGUUUCUUUUCACCAAACUACAGAUUUUUCGAGACAAAUUUUACCUGCAGACACAUCUUCAUUCCGGCCAUUUCCAAAAAAAUCAAAGAAAGAUAUAGAAAUAGACGAAGAUGAAGCAUUUUUUAAAAGCACUUUACCGUAUGUAAGAGCAUUGACUCCAAAACAAAAGUUGACGUUUCGUAUUAAUGUAAUGCAAUUAUUAUAUAACGAAAUUUCGUCAACCACACAACCUACUGACCAACAAACUACUGCUGAGCUUAGAGAUGUGUCCGACCCGCUACUUUCAUAAAUGGUAGUUGCUUCUGCUGUGGUAGAAUUCCAUCCAUCCAAUGGCACUACAGCCCAAACCGGGCCUUAGCUCCCUUCAACAAGCUUCUCCAAUCAUUUCGAUUUCCUGCUAUUCUUUUCCAUGAACGGGUUUUUAAAAGGUUUUUGGCAUCCUCAUCUACUUCGCCUUCCCAUCUCUUUUUUGGUCUUCCAACAGGUCUUUUUCCUUGCAUUCUUGCAUUUAGCAAUUUUCUAAGCAUUCUAUUCUCGUGCAUGCGGACCACGUGCCCUGCCCACCUUAAUAUCUGCAGUUUAGUGUAUUAUGCUAGUGUUGGUUCGCUAUAUUAUUCGUAUAUUUCUUUAUUCUACUAGUGCAGUCACUGAAGGUUUUCACCUCCGAUUUCGUUGAACCUCCAUCGAUUUUUAUGAAAAUUGGUGAGUAGUUAGAGGAUACCUCAAGGAACAAAGGUGAUAUGAUGCCAACUUGCCCUUUUACCCUGGGGGUGGAUGCCACCCCUUCUCGUGGGUAAAAAUUAUUUCAUUAAAAAUAAUACCAAAAAUCGAUAGAGGGACAAAUUCUAAGCAAAAUUUGUUAUAUAAAGUUAUUAAUAUAAAUCAAUACUUUUUGAGUUAUUAAAGGUCAAAGAUUUUAUUUUUUCGUAAAAAAAUGCAUGUUUUAAAGCUGUUUUUCACGUAUAACUCAAAAACUAUAAGCUUUUACAAAAAAGUUAUUCUUACCAAAAUUAAAGAUAAUAAAAAAUUGAAUACAUUUCUCAUUUAAAGAACUACACUUUUGGUAAUUCAAAGUAAGUUAUGGGUAAUUGAAGGUAUAUUUUUUUCGACGAGUACGCAAAUCUAAGUAUUCAAGCUUAAAUAACGGGAAAACGAUGCAUUUUAUUUGUCAAAGUACUUCGGAAUACCUAUCAAAUGAGCUCCAUGAGAAGUUAAUAUCAUCAAAAUUAAGCAAGUUAUGAUGAAAAUAAGAGAACCCUUUGGAUUUUUUUUGGAAAAAGUGAAAAAUAAAACAUUGCCAUUUCCAUAAAAAUUAAAAUUUAUAGAAAUUCUUACAAGAGUUUCUUUAUAUUAGCAUAAGUAAUGAUUUUGACAAUUUUGACCGGUGUAGAAUACAUAUUUUUGAAAAAAAGAUAUGAUUUAAAAAAAUCAUAAUUAUUCAGAUUAUCGUUAUUUUCAUUUUCUUUCAAUAAUAACUCCAAAAAUACUCAAUAUACGAAAAAAUGAUAUAUAAUCAAACUUUAGUUUUUGCUGUAUCAAAUAUUUUACCCGUUUUAGUAUUUCUGUAAGGUACAAAAUAACCGAGAUAGAAACAUUUUAAGCUUAAAUAUUGCCUGCGAGAACCAUGUAACCGGGCAAUUUAACCUUUUAUUUUUAAAAAAGUAAGGGGUCUAAAGUCUAAAAGAUUAAGUUCAACGUGGUUUAAAAGCCCUUAGUUUUUACUUUCAAAUAGUUUUUAAGCGAAUCUCAUGUCUAAAAAUUAACGGAGUUAUUUAAAAAAAGACAAUAAUAUUUUUGGAAAAAUUUUUAAAAGAUAACUUUUGAAAAAAUUUUGGAGCAUAAAUUUUAAUGCUAUCAACUUGUUCGUAGGCUCAUCUGAUAGAUAUUUUUAAAUACUUUGACAAAUGCUCAAUAAUUUUGUGUCAUAAAAUGCAUAAUUUUCCCGUUAUUUAAGCUUGAAUACUUAGAUUUGGGUAGUCGCCGAAAGAAAUAUACAUUCAAUUACCUAUAACUCACUUUUAGUUAACACUAAAAGGUUUUUCUAGUAAGGAAUUUAUUUCAUUUUUUAUUAUCUUCAAUUUUGGUAAUAAUAACUUUUUUGUAAAGACUUAUAGUUUUUGAGUUAUUUAUGAAAAAUCGUUUAAAAACAUGCAAAUUUCUAACGAAUAAUUAAAAUCUUUGAUCUUUAAUAACUCAAAAACUUUUAAUUUAUUUUAAUAAUUUUAUAUAACAAAUUUUGCUUAUAAUUUGUCCCUCUACCGCAUUAUGGGGCUAUUUUAAAAAGAAAUAAUUUUCACCCCCGAGAAGGGGUGGCAUCCACCCCCAGGGUAAAAGCGCAAGUUGGCACUAUGUCACCUUUGAUCCUUGAGAUAUCCUCUAACCACUCACCAAUUUUCAUCCAAAUCGAUGGAGGUUCAACGAAAUCGGAGGUAACAGCUCAUAUCCACCUUCAGUGACUCCACUAUACCUAAUUCGCGAGUUUUUAUUUUCUCUUAUUGGGCCCAGUAUCCUACGUAAUAUUUUUCUUUCAAACACGUCUACUGCAUUAUUGGCAAAUUUCUGUGUCACAACCCAUGUUUCACAACCAUAACUUACUAUGGUCCUGAUUAUUGUUUUAUAGAUUUUUGUUUUCGGAGUUUUGUUUUCCGGUGUACGUCUCGCAAUUUGAAUAUGUGUCUCAUCGCGAAAUAGGCUCUAUUUGCCAGCAUAAGCCUUCUAUUUAUUUCCGGUUUUUCUUCAUUGUUUGCGACCAGGUUCAUUCCUAAGUACGUGAAUCUAUUCACAUGUUCAAUAUCGUCUAUAAAGUGUUGUUGUUGCGCCGGUAUAUUUAAUCUGGUUUGUGACUAGUUUGUGAGUAGUUUUGUUUUAUUUGUAUUUAUUGCUAGACUCAAAAAAAUUAAUCUUUGCAUGAACACUGAUUUUUUACUACAUAGUGAAAUUUGAUAUUUUUAAUUAUAAAUUAAGAUUUUGUAUAAAAAAAAAUAAAUAUUUAUACCAUUUU